GCCGCCGCCGCCGCCGCCGCCAUAGACACAUUUAUAAAAAUGGCUGUCGCGAUUGCUAUAUGGAGUAUGAUCAUCCAGGCGAACGAUUCCGUCGAGUUUGAGCUCCCUGCAUCUGUGCGUAUCACGAGCGUCGCGCUCGGCGCAGACUUGCAGGACGAGACGGAACGCACGACGCUCAGACUCGUCUACAUCGGCAUGUCUGACUCGCAGGAGAACGAUGAGGAAGACGAGGAGCCUGCUACCGAACCCAUCGCCACUGUGUUAUGCUCCCUGACCCCGGGAAAGAUUGAGCAGGCAAAGAUUGAUCUUGUUCUGGAAGGAAACGAGACGUUCGUGUUCGAGGCCAUUGGGAAGAACACCCUGUAUCUUUCUGGAAACUACAUUGAACAAAAACCCGUGAACAUGCCUCCGGACGAAGAUGAAAUUGUUGACGAGGAGGAAGAGGUCUUCCGCCUAGAAGAUGUGAGCUCUGACGUCGAGGUGGAAGUAGACGAGAUGGACGAGGAGGAUGCCCCCGAGCUCCUCCCACCACCAUCCCCGCCCAAGGCAAAAGCCCAAAAGUCAAAUCCCAAAAAGCGUUCUCUCGAGGAAGAAAACACCGAGCCCGCCGCUGAGCAGCAGCUGUCGAAGAAGCAACGGAAGAAAUCGAAGAAAUUGGAGGCUGAGGUCAGUGAUGCUGUGCCUGCUGUCCAGCCCGCGCAGGAGAAGAAGCAAGAGCAUAAGCAUAAGCAUCCCGAGCAGAAGAAGGCCGGCGAUGACGGUCAGCAGGACGAGGGCACGAAGAAGAGGAAGAAGAACAAGGGCGACAAAGCGAAGCUCUAGAUGAGUGAUGUCGUCGCUAGCAUGAGCAAUGAGCGUUUCGC